GGGACCCCGGCCGGCCCUGCCCGCCCCGCCCGCGCCGCCGCCAUCGCGGCCCGACCGCCCGCUGCCCGCGUCCCUCCCUCCGCCCGCCGGCAGGAGGGGCCGCCCGGGGCCUGGCGGGCACGGAGAGAUGAGCAACAACAGUAAUAAGAGGGCACCAACCACAGCAACCCAGAGGCUUAAACAAGACUACCUGAGAAUUAAGAAAGAUCCAGUGCCUUACAUCUGUGCAGAGCCCCUCCCAUCCAAUAUCCUGGAAUGGCACUAUGUUGUGAGGGGACCUGAAAUGACACCCUAUGAAGGUGGCUAUUAUCAUGGGAAACUAAUAUUCCCCCGAGAAUUCCCUUUUAAACCUCCUAGUAUUUAUAUGAUUACACCUAAUGGAAGGUUUAAGUGUAACACAAGGUUGUGUCUCUCCAUCACUGAUUUCCACCCGGACACGUGGAAUCCAGCGUGGUCAGUCUCCACAAUCCUGACAGGCCUCCUUAGUUUUAUGGUGGAAAAAGGCCCCACACUGGGCAGCAUAGAGACAUCUGAGUUCACAAAAAGACAACUCGCUGCACAAAGCUUAGCAUUUAAUUUAAAAGAUAAAGUCUUCUGUGAGCUCUUCCCUGAAGUGGUGGAGGAGAUCAAACAAAAACAGAAAGCACAAGAAGAGCUCAACAGCAGACCCCCCUCCCUGCCUCUGCCCGACGUGGUGCCCGACGGGGACGCGCACUACGGUCAGAACGGGCUCCCCCUCCUCAACGGGCACGUGGCCCUGGGCCCCGCCAACCCCCCCGGGCUCCAGCAGCCCAACCGCAACCAUGGACUCCUGGGCGGAGCUCUGGCGAACUUGUUUGUCAUCGUGGGCUUCGCAGCCUUUGCCUACACAGUGAAGUAUGUCCUGAGGAGCAUAGCCCAGGAGUGAGGAGGAGGAGGAGGAGGAGAGCAAAAUAAAAACCCCCCCCAAGACCAAAAUUCUAGCGGUAGUUUGGCAGGACGAGUGGUGGGACUCUUUUUUUUUUUUUUUUUCUCGUGGGGAGUUGGAGUUAGUUUGGGUUAGGCAGAAACUCCUGCUGCUCUUCUGGUAGUUUCUCACAAGUCGAAGCAUUAUUGAUGAGACACUACAUUUCUAGUGCUUUGAUAUUUUUUUUUUUUUUAUAGCAGUCCUCCAUCUGUCGUUGGAGAUUUGAAAAUCUCGAGCAAAUAAGGCUUUUUACUUCACUGUACAAUUUUUAAAACUCUGCCAUUCUCUCUGCAUAUCGUUUUAUUUUCGGUAGGGAAGAGUCUGUCCAGGUGUUCAGUGAUUCAAGUAGGGGUUCCACGUGGACUUGGGAAGGGUUUGGUCAAUGUGAACAUUUGAUGCUACAGAAAAUUGCUGGUUUCUUUUUUUUUCCAACUAGAAUGACCAUCAUUGCAUAUCUAGUCAGUAGUGAUUAGAUGAGUGGGAACAUAACACCACAGUGUGUUAAAUGUGUUGUCCAAAUUGUCACAGUGUCAUUGAAGGUUUUAUUUGGGCUACAAGAAGUGCAGCUGUUGGCCCUUAGCAAGGAAAAAAAAGCCUUGGAAUCAGCCUCUAGUGGGAAUACCCAUCUCCAGGGUUGUUUGGGAUUUGUUCACUUACAGAUUUUCAUUCUGGGAGAUGUUCUUUUGGAAAGUUGUAAUAGUUCCUUCUGAUCACAAGGGGCCACUGGUGAAAUGAUAAUAAAACUGCACCCACCAAUGGAGAGAGUUGAGUGUGUGUUCCAAAAUCUCUGCAUUCCUCAGGCUGUGGGGCUUGAGGCAACCCCAGCCCUUGGGAAGGGAAAAAGGCAAAGGAGUCUCAGUGACAAACCAGCUUCCUCAGAGUCAGCUGAUAAUCCAUCUGAAGUGUCACUGCCUGAAUUAACCCUUCAAAUUGUUCCACUGUUCACUCUUGAAAAAAACCCAACAAACCACCAUCGCCACCAAAAGCCAAACCCAAAAUUCAUCUGGGAUUCUGGAAGCUUUUUUUAGCUGUGAGUUCAUCACUGUUCCCCUUCAGGUGACUGAUAAAUGAAAUAUUGCUGUUUGUUCACAGGCUUCCAGCACUGUGGGUAAACACUGAAGUUCAAAAGUCUGUCUGAAAUUACUUCUUUUUUAUUUUUUUAUUUUUUUUUAAAUUGAGUUUGCUCGAUUUUUCUCCCUCCUGCUUGAAUUUUACCAGUUUACCCAACAGCUUUGUUUCAGCAGAGGCAAACUUGGCUGUGCCUUUCAGAAUUGACACACUGUCAAUGCUACAACUGUCCAAGGUGGUAGCAGGGAUAAAAGCUCUGCACUCACUGUAUAGUCUUAUUUUAAUUAUUCUCAAGAGCCCAAAUAAAUAAUUACCUCAUGUGUCUAA